UCCUCUUUUUUCUACUUCUACAAAGUUAGUAGGAUCAUAAUUAAGAGAGUUUUCUAAUAUUCUUCACAUCCAUGGCUUCUUUUGCUUCUUCAGCAACCAAAGUUUACUGUAACAAGAUCCUUCCUGACAUGUUUGAUCAUGGCAAAUAUGAACCUUAUUUUGGAUCAAAAGUGAAAAACAAUGACAAAAACAAGAAAAAUUUGGACUUGAAAUUAGUUACAAAGGUUGCUAGCCAAUUGCCCGUAAUAGUUCCACCACCAGAUCAACAAAUGAUUAAUAAGGAGAAGAAGCUCGCUGCAUGGACUAGUGUACGCCAAGAAAGAUGGGAAGGAGAACUCGUCGUUGAAGGCGAGUUACCAUUGUGGCUGAAUGGCACGUACCUGAGAAAUGGUCCAGGACAAUGGCACAUAGGUAACUACAAUUUCCGGCAUCUUUUCGAUGGCUACGCCACCUUAGUCCGUCUUCAUUUUGAAGACGGACGAUUAAUAAUGGGUCACCGACAAAUCGAAUCGGACGCAUAUAAAGCAGCAAAAAGCAGUAACAAAAUAUGUUACCGCGAAUUUUCAGAAGUACCUAAGCCAGAUAAUUUCUUAUCCUACAUAGGUGACAUGGCCAAAUUACUCUCCGGUGCAUCCCUAACCGAUAACGCGAAUACCGGAGUCGUUAAGCUCGGGGACGGACGAGUAGUUUGUCUUACCGAGACCAUAAAAGGUUCGAUUGUAAUUGAUCCGAAUACGCUCGAUACAAUUGGGAAAUUUGAAUAUAGUGACUCGUUAGGCGGAUUAAUUCAUUCAGCUCAUCCAGUUGUUACGGAUAGUGAGUUUAUAACGUUGAUUCCGGAUUUAAUUAACCCGGGAUAUUUGGUGGUGAGAAUGAAGGCAGGGACAAAUGAGAGGAAAUAUAUAGGUAGAGUGAAUUGUAGAGGAGGACCAGCACCAGGAUGGGUUCAUUCAUUCCCAGUGACGGAAAAUUAUGUUAUUGUACCGGAGAUGUCACUAAGGUAUUGUGCACAAAAUUUAUUAAAGGCUGAGCCUACACCACUCUACAAGUUUGAGUGGCAUCCUGAUUCCAAAGCCUUCAUGCAUGUUAUGUGUAAAGCCAGUGGCAAUAUUGUGGCAAGUGUCGAAGUGCCAUUAUACGUGACAUUCCACUUCAUCAAUGGGUACGAGGAAAAAGAUGAAGAUGGAAGAGUUACUGCUGUUAUUGCAGACUGCUGUGAACAUAGCGCCGACACCACCAUCCUUGACAAGCUCCGCCUUGAGAAUCUUCGCUCAUUCAACGGCAAGGAUGUCUUACCCGAUGCAAGGGUUGGGAGAUUCAGAAUACCAUUAGAUGGGAAUCCAUAUGGAGAAUUAGAAGCAGCAUUGGACCCAAAUGAACAUGGAAAAGGCAUGGAUAUGUGCAGUAUGAAUCCUGCUUAUUUAGGCAAGAAAUAUAGAUAUGCUUAUGCUUGUGGUGCUAAGAGGCCUUGUAAUUUCCCCAACACCCUCACUAAGAUUGAUUUGUUUGAUAAGAAGGCAAAAAAUUGGCAUGAUGAAGGUGCUGUACCUUCUGAACCAUUCUUUGUGGCUCGACCGGGCGCAACCGAGGAAGAUGAUGGAGUUGUAAUCUCAAUGAUCAGUGAUAAGAAUGGAGAAGGAUAUGCUCUAAUACUGGAUGGAUCAACAUUUGAAGAAAUUGCAAGAGCAAAAUUUCCUUAUGGUCUCCCCUAUGGGCUGCAUGGUUGUUGGGUUCCAAAGAAAUAGUAUCACCUCACAUACCAGACAGUGUUGUAUCAUAGCCAAAUAAAUUUUUACCAAGUCGUAUAAAAUAAGAUGAUAGUACAAAAUUUUCCAGUUCUUCAAUAGCUAAUGUAAUAUUUUGUGCGUAUUUGCUCUCAGUAAUAGGAUAUGGGUAGUUUAUAGUACUAAGUCUCUG